UCCAUAUCAUUAAAAACGUUAUAUACAGAACUGGAAAAAAAGGUAAUAUCAAUCAUCAAUGGAUAUCAUUUUUUUUUUUACAGUACAAGGACAUUUUAAUCAAGUAUGGCACAAACCGGAUUGGACAGUGGUUGAAUCAGGCACCGAACGGAACAUUACUGCAGCUUUCUUACAAAUUGAACUCUGAGGCACCUGUUGGAACAUACCGGAUUGAGUUGUGGAAUGUGGACGACGAAGUCCAAUUUUCACAAAGCUUUGAGGUGGAGAAAUAUGUUCUGCCAAAGUUUGACGUGAAGGUGAUGGCGCCUAAAGAAAUGAGUGUUGCUCAAGAGGACAUAACAGCAGAAGUGUGCUCAACCUACACAUACAAACAACCUGUGCCAGGCACCGCUUCGAUGCAUAUCUGCCGACCUCUGGAUCAUUAUGUCAUGAUUCCAGUGAGAUUAUCGCCCAACCACCCAGAGGGAGAACCUGAGUUUGUUGUCCCUUGCCACAAAGAGACUAAACAGCUUGACAAGACUGGCUGUGCAACAUUUAACUUCAACAUGGCACUUUUUACACGUGUAGAAAAGUUGGUAAGGACUGAACUUUCUGUCACCGCGGAAGUGGAAGAGGAAGGGACAGGACUCAAUUACUUGGGGAGUGAAACAAUUCAACUUUCUUACGUGAUUGGAAAACUUUCAUUUGUUGAUACGCCCGAGGUUUAUAAGAAAGGAUCGAUUGUGGAAGGCAAGGUGAAGGCAGUAUACUUCAACAACACGCCCAUCCCAGACAUGUUGCUCCAUCUGUUUGAGGGUGAGAGGUGGUCAGAGAAAAUGCUAAGUCAAAACCUCACCACAGAUAGUGAUGGUAUUGCCAGUUUUUUAUUUGACACAUCCAUAUAUCCAUCCGACUUCCAAUUUACAGUGUCUGCGCUGCCCAUAUACCAAGAGUACCAAGGGUACAGAACUCCUCACUACGAAGACGGCGAACACACCUUCAUGCUGUUCAGGCUCAAAACAAAGGACACUCCAACCAUCAGCUCCCUGGAGGUGAAGAAGAGGGAGACCAAGCUUGUCUGCAACGUGGAGGAACUCAUCAAUGUCCGCUUCGCUUUUGUUGGGGAGGCCCCGGGCCCCGUGGAUAUAAUGUAUCUGAUCUUGGCCCGAGGAGCCAUAUCCAGACAAGGACUCAUGAAGGUUGAAGUUCUGGAUGAACCUGGUGGGUAUGGACAGUGCACUUUCCAGGCUCUGGGACAUUCUUUAUUUUUCGGUGUAUAGAACUAGCCUGGCUCC